UUAGUAUCUGAUUUCGAAGGUUCGUUAAUGUUUUUAAUGAUAGUUUGCGUGGCAGAUUUGAGCUUGAACAUGUGUUUGGUUUGUCAGAUUGUAUUAUGUGGAAAUGACAUCAAAGAACUUUUAAUACAUCUCAUAUUUAUUGCUUCUGUUCUUAUAUAUAUGUUUCUAGCCAACUAUAUAUCACAAGAUAUUACGGAUAAUAAUAACGAUGUGUUUGUGACCGUGUACAACGUUCAAUGGUACAGAAGUCCUAUAGAAAUACAAAAAAUGAUACUAUUUCUGCUGCAAAGGAAAACGAAAUCUUUCACCUUACAUCUCGGUAAAAUAGUUACAGGAUCGUUUGAAAAUAUGGCCAAGCUGAUGAACGCAUCGUUAUCUUAUUUUGCCGUUCUUUAUUCUACACAAUAGAUUUAUUACGUGUGAAAUCAUAAAUUGUCUUACAAUAUGUUGACUUCAAAGAUUGUAAUAGUAAAAGAAAUUUGAUGUAAAGAGAAUUCUUAUAGAACCUAUACGUUCUAUGGCUAAUAACGUUCAACAUAAUGUAAAACUAACAUCUCACAAAUUAAUUGCUGCUAACAAUAUGCGCUGUACGCAGCCAAGCAUAAAAUUCUCUGCAAGAUUCUCCUUGUAAACUUGUUUGUUACCCGAUCAGACAUAGUUAAACAGUUUUUUGCAAAAAAAACAUUUGUCUCGCUACAAUUAACACAGUAAUUUUCUAUUUCAUUUCUUUUCUAACUCAAAGUCGCAAAUCUAUAUGUUCAGUAGUCAAUUUCUCUUCCCCAAAUCUUCAAAAAGCAUUCACAGACUUUGCGUACUGUUUUUUCUUAGUUUUUUGAUUUCCUAUCUCGAAUAUAGUUCUGGAAGGUUUACUACUUAUAUUGUUUUCAUACUACAAAAAGUAAUACAC